GAGAAAGUGGAUAGCUCACUCAUCCCCCCAACGGUUCCUGCAAGCAUCCAGAAGUACAAGUACUGACCUCCCCUCGACUGCAAUUCUCUUCCUUCCCUUUUCCAGUUCCUUCAAAUCUAAGCGUUACUACUUCUCAUCUUCGGAUUCUCUUUGCUUGUCUUACACAUACAUUCUACUUUGUAUCAUUUUACACUUUAUCUACCUUAAUAGUAUAAGUAUACCUAUACUUAUACUCCCGCGCCUUCCUGGCAUCAUCGUUUUAUCAACUUUCAGACCUUUAUUUUUGAGCGUUGAACAUAACGUAUAUUCAGCCCAUCUACCACACAACGCUCUUCUCAAUGGCAGCCCCUCGUUCUACUUCUUUGCGCGCCCUCCGCGUGCUGUCUCAGCAACAUAAUGCUACACCCUACCUCCGCCGGAGUUUGCACAUUACCGGUGCCCAUUCCGCACAGCCUGCCAACGUUACGGAUCGUACGUCCUUGUACGCUACUCGCAGCUUGGCAGACCUCCAGAAGGAAUGCCAGAAGAGGCAUCUUGGAAUUAGUGGCAGCCAAAGUGAGCUCGUCGAGCGUCUUUCCAACCAUGACUUCCUUCAGUCCCGUGCAUUUAGCAUUGCCAUGAGAAGAAUCAAUGGCAGCGCCGCUGCAGAAUCUAUCUCCACACGCCAGUUCAACACCUCCCGUGCCUUAAAGGCCGUCAAUGACUCAUCCACCGUGGAUUUCGCAUACUUGCCGUCCAUGGAUGAAGUCUAUGCCCCUGCCCGCUCCGCCGAAACACGCAUUCCGAUCCUUUCCGACGUUUACACCAACUAUGACUCAACCCAAGCCUCGAGUCUGCCCAUGAAGCCCCAGGUCUACACUAUAUCCGGGGGCGGGUCCGAUGUCGCAGUCAGCCCCAUGGCUGAAGUUGUUGACAACAACUCGGUGGAUAUCGACCCAUUCUCCCUAACCGAGACCGUUGGUAAAUCCCGCACAGGUGCAGAGCAGUGGAAGCAACAGAACGAACCCGGUGUGCUGAAGGAACUGUGGACUGGGUUUUUGGAAGACAUUUUAGGUCCCAAACAGCAAGGUUUGCAGAAACAGCACUGAGCUGACGAACGUUAUUUGGAUUUGUUCUAUAUUAGCGAUGAUUGAUAUUCUACUGGAGUGUUAUUUCUUUCAAUUUCUUUGUUCUUCCUAAUCAUCAUGAUGCUCAAUGAUGUUCUACCUUUGAUCAAUUUGAUGACACUUGUCCAUUCACCAAAUCAAUUACUUCUAAUACCACAAGUAUGCAACUAUUUGGACUGGUAGAUAAGAAGAUUGAAAGAGGCACACCUCACCUAAAAGAAUGAAUGACGUAGAUCGUCCACUAAGAAACCAACCAAUCAAUCACUCCAUACCCCCGAGCCUUAAGGUACGGAUCAACCCUAAUACUUAACCUAGGUACAAGCACGAG